AUAAUUAUGUAUUUCAGAGCAAAAUCAUCGAUACCAAAGAAUGUGAAUAAAAUAAGAAUCAUAAUUAAAAACAAUUUCAUCAGUCAUUCCAUAUUGGCCCAUUUCGUUUUGAUUUUUAUUUUAUUACUCUCCGAUCAUUCGUCUUCCAUGGUUCAAUUGCCAUCAGAUUCAAUUGUAGAGAAUCUGUUUCGAACAAAACCUGGCCAUUAUGACAAAAUGUUUGGAACAUUCACAGAAAAUGAACGUAUUGAAAUGUUGAAAUUGGCAAAAGAAACUUUUAUAUUCGCUUAUGAUAAUUACAUGGAACAUGCAUUCCCUGCUGAUGAAUUGAAUCCAGUCUAUUGUCGUGGACGUGGACCUGAUUUUGAUGAUCCUUCGAAUAUUAACAUAAACGAUGUUCUCGGAAAUUAUUCCCUGACUUUGAUUGACACUUUGGACACAUUGGUCGUCAUGGGAAAUUAUAGUGAAUUUCAUAGGGCUGUCAAACUUGUAAUCGAUACGGUCAAUUUCGAUAACGAUGUUAUAGUUCAAGUUUUCGAAGCGACCAUUCGUGUUCUUGGUGGCCUUUUAUCUGCCCAUUUAUUAAUUACCGAUAAGAGGCUAAUGUUCGGCCCGGAAAUUCGACCUCCAUGGUAUAAUAAUGAACUUAUUUUAAUGGCCAAAGAUCUAGCUGAACGAUUAUUACCAGCCUUGGAAACAUCAACUACCGGUCUUCCAUAUCCACGAGUUCAUUUACGUGAAGGUGUACCGAAUUCAACGUUAUGUCAUUGGUGUAAAACAGAAACUUGUCCUGCCGGUGCUGGUUCUUUGUUACUUGAAUUCGGUAUUUUAAGUAGAUUGACUGGUGAUUUUCGAUUCGAAAUAGCUGCUAAACGUGCAAUUAAUACACUUUGGGCAAUUCGUGCAAAAACGGGUUUAUUCGGCAAUUCUAUCGAUGUUGAGUCAGGCGAAUGGCUUGGUGAAAUUUCUGGAAUUGGUGCCGGAAUCGAUUCAUUCUAUGAAUAUCUUUUAAAAUCUUGGAUAUAUUUUGAUGAAAGAACGUAUUGGGAAAUGUUUAAGGAAAGCUAUGAUAAAAUUAAAACUUUUAAUCGACGCGGCAGGCCAUUUUGCAAUUCGGGUAUUGGACAACAUCCUAUGUAUGUCAAUGUAAAUAUGUAUAAUGGUCGAACGAUAAACACUUGGAUCGAUGCGUUAGCAGCAGCAUGGCCAGCUGUUCAAUUAUUGGCCGGUGAUGUUGAAGAAGCCAUCUGUACUCAUAUGCUAUUUUUUAAUAUAUGGCGUAAAUUUGACCUAUUACCGGAACGUUACAAUUGGCAUCAAUCGGAACCCGAAUUAUCAUUCUAUCCAUUACGGCCAGAAUUAGCCGAAUCAACUUAUCAGCUAUAUCAGGCGACAAAAAAUCCAUUUUAUCUUCAUGUAGGUCGAAUGAUGCUCGAAUCAAUCAAUAAAUAUAGUCGAUCAAAUUGUGGCUACGGUACCGUACAUGAUGUGCAGGAAAAAAGCUUAGAAGAUCGAAUGGAAAGUUUCUUUCUUAGCGAAACUUGCAAAUAUCUCUAUCUGUUAUUUGAUAAAGAAAACCCUCUGAAUAAACAAUCGAACGAAUUCUAUUUGUUCAGCACCGAAGGUCAUAUUUUUCCAUUGAAUUAUGAGCUACAAAAUGUUUUCGGUGGUUCGUCAUUAUUAUCAUCGUUGGAUUUUGUCACUGAUAAUUCGACCGAUAUCAUUCAUUCGUAUCCUAACUGUGAUCCAAUCAAACCUGAACGAAAAUUAUUAUUGCCUUUAAAAAAUGAUUAUUUUGCUCAACUAAGUCAUGUGAUCGGUGUGGAAUAAUCGUUGAUAUAUUUUAAUUUGUUUGUGUCUCUCUCAAUCCUGAUCUUCAAAAAAAAAAUUAUUUAUUUAUUACUAUAAAUUACAUAUAAUCGUCAUUGAUUUAUUUUUGAUUAAAUCAAUUUUUUUUAAUG